UACUUCCUGAAUGGCGUUUCCUCCAGCUAGUAUCCCGUCAUCCCCUGGUGACAAGCUGGUCGGAAAAGUUAAUGGCGACCAUGCAAUGAUGGAAGACGUCUCAGCAACGCAAAAUCAUAGUGUUCAGCUUCCUUCUGGAGGUUUUGGAAUUAAUAGUAAACAAAGUCAAGAUGAACACAAUCAGAGACCCCACUAUUCUAUUCCCGGAAUCCUUCAUUUUAUUCAACAUGAAUGGGCUAGGUUCGAAAUGGAAAGAGCUCAGUGGGAAGUUGAAAGGGCUGAACUUCAAGCUAGAAUAGCUUUUCUUCAGGGUGAACGUAAAGGACAAGAAAACUUAAAGAAUGACUUAAUAAGAAGAAUUAAAAUGCUGGAAUAUGCUUUAAAACAAGAACGGGUAAAAUUCCAUAAGCUAAAAUAUGGUACAGACCCCAAUUUCACAGAUUUAAAGGCUCCUAUAUUUGAUGAUAUCGAUGAACCUGUGGAUGGCGAUCCAUUGAUUACUAGCAAUAGCAAUGUGUCAUGGAGACAAGGACGGCAGUUACUUAGACAGUAUUUACAGGAGAUAGGUUAUACUGAUACGAUUAUUGAUGUACGAUCUGCAAGAGUUCGAACUCUUCUUGGAUUGGCUCCUUCUAAUGCUGAAAACGAAGAAAAACAGCACUUAUCAUCUGUUCUUAAUGGAGAGCAAAAGAAGAGGCCAUAUGAACCCCAGCAAAGAAGAAUCGGAAAGAUAACACAUUCCGUCACAGAAAAUGCCUUGAUGGAUGCCGAGCAAUCAGUGUUAGAUACUUUUGAUUUCCUUUCAUCAGAAAAUGUUGAUAUGGAUGAUGAUGAUGAGAAUUUAAGUGAUGAAAUGGAUGAUGCCUGUGCUGUAGAUGAUGAAGACAAUGAAAUAUUAGAAAAGAAAGCAAAAUCAAAAACUAAAAGCACAAAUGAAAUAACAAGAGAUGAUGGAAUUAGUGAAACAUCUACAGAAGAAGCACUUGCGGAAUUUAAUUUUCUUGGUAGCAGUGAUGCGCCAGAUCGACCUCAAGGUGAAAAUACAGAUUGGGGACCAAAAAGGUCCACACUUCAAGCAAUGCUUGUUCGUAUAGCCAAUGGAUCCACAGAUGGAGAUCAUGUUAUCUCGGAUGUAAUGUCAGGAACAUCUGUUGCAGCUGAGGUUAUAGAUUCAAAGACAGAUGCCAUCUGUGAUGAAAAUGUUAUUGACAGUAAAUCUAUGAGGGAAGACCUUAGUUCCUUAUCUAGUUUUGGACCAAGCUUGAAUUCAUUUUUGAAUAUUGGAGUUCCACACUGCAAUACUCAAGUUGACUCUGAUGAAAAUGGUGUUCAAGGUGGAACUCCAUUGUCAUUUCCUCCAGGUUCUAGAAGGCCGCUUUUAGGUGGCCCAGGUAAUGAAGAUGAUACUUUAGAAGCUGCUUUAGGACUUGGUGAAUUAGCAAGUCUAACAGUCAACAAUGAAGCAGACACUAGUUAUGAUAUAUCUUCAGCAAAAGAAGCUUUUAGAAAGACAUGGAAUGCAAAAUAUACACUUCGAAGUCAUUUUGAUGGAGUGAGAGCUCUGGCAUUUCAUCCGGUUGAACCAGUUUUAAUUACUGCAUCAGAAGAUCAUACCCUAAAAUUAUGGAACUUACAAAAAACUGUACCUGCAAAAAAAACUGCUUCACUUGAUGUAGAACCAGUGUAUACAUUUAGAGCCCAUAUAGGUCCCGUGUUAUGUUUGGCUCUAAGCACUACAGGAGACCAGUGUUUCAGUGGGGGAAUGGAUGGUACAAUUAGGUGUUGGAAUGUUCCUAGUUCACUCAGUGAUCCAUAUGAUUCCUUUGAUCCUAGUGUGUUAACUAACACUUUGAAAGGACAUACGGAUGCAGUGUGGGGUCUUUCAAUACACAGCUCAAAGUUACAAUUACUUUCUUGUUCAGCUGAUGGUACUGUUCGACUGUGGUCACCUCAGUCUAAAGUUCCACUGUUACACACUUAUGGCUCUAAUAUUGCUGAUGGUAAUCCAACAUCUGUUGAUUUUCUUCGUUGUGAUAUGACACAAAUGGUUGCAGCUUACACUUCUUCAAAUUCUGUUAUAUUUGACUUGGAAACUGGGAAACCAGUCAUUCGAUUGGACAGCAAUCAAACCCCAGAUGCCAGUCCCCUAGGAAAACAGAUUAAUUGUAUUGUAUGCCAUCCUACUUUACCCCUUACAGUCACAGCUCAUGAAGACAGACACAUUCGAUUUUUCGACAAUAAUACAGGGAAAAUGAUACAUUCAAUGGUUGCCCAUUUGGAUGCUGUCACCAGUCUUGCCAUUGAUCCUAAUGGCUUAUAUUUAUUAUCAGGAAGUCAUGACUGCUCAAUACGUUUAUGGAACAUGGACAACAAAACAUGUGUGCAAGAAAUCACAUCUCAUCGGAAGAAAUUUGAUGAAGCUAUUUUUGAUGUUGCUUUCCACCCCUCAAAGCCCUAUAUUGCUAGUGCUGGGGCUGAUGCACUAGCAAAAGUGUUUGUUUGAAAGUAAUAUCAUCUAGACUAUGGAAGCCAGUGGUGGCUCUUGCCACUUAAAUUUUCCAGCCAGCAUUUCAGCCCACAGACCAAUAAACUGUAACUUACACUACUAUUUAUUUAUGUAGAGUUAAAGAAAGGUAUCCCAUUGUUUGCUGGCAAAUAUCUCAAUUGUGUUAAAUACUAUAAGCUCUGAACCGUGUUUUUCCCUCAGUAUCAAAUUUUUUAGGGGAUUUUAUUUCUCAAAGCAAUUGCAAAAAGUUAUGUCUGGUAUUGAUAUUCAUAAAACUACUUAUAUUUUCAGAUCUCCCUCUGAAAAAAAUAGACUCUGGUAAUUGAUAAAUUUCUUUUAAGUGUUUUAUUCUUGGAGAAAAGUCUUAAUCCGUUAUUGUUUUUUGAAUCUACUUUUUUUAUGUGUGUAAAAUGAAUGCAUCUUUUGUAUAUAAACGAGUAAAUGUGAAGAAUAACUGUAACUAGUUUGUAGGGGAUUCAAUAGUUUGCCUUUCAUCAAAUGGUAGUGUAGGUAGAAUUUGGUGAUUCAACAUCUGGGAGUUAUCAAUCUACGUCAGCUGCACAUACAAGUGAUUCAAUGCACUACUGCUUCAUGCAGCACACAAGAAAGAUUCUUGAUGUUGUAAGAGUGAAAGUGUUGUACAGUGUACAGAGUUCCAAUUGCGAUCUUUUUCAAAACAGUUUUUUUUUCUUUCAUUUGUUGAAAUCAUCCUUGGACUGAAACAACUGCAUUUAUCAAAGGCUGAAAUGAUGACUAAGAAAAAUAGAUAAAGUAUUUAUUUCUGUUCAUUUUGUAUAGCUACUACAAUUGUGGCUUCAUAUUCUAAUGAUUGUGAAAUUGCCUUAGAGCAGCUCUUUAGGUGUACAGUGAAGAAAUAUGUAGAACAGACUGUCUGCAGAUUAAAAAAAAGUAUGAAGGAAACUAUGCUGUAAUUUUAAUUUACAGCUUGAAAGGUGAUAGAUCAUGUGUUUAGAAGAGAAGGCAUGUACCCCCUUCUUAAUGCAAAUUUUAUGCUACAAACUGGGCUUUGUGCUUCCUUUUAUAUUGAAUCCAGGAACAAUAAAUAGUGUUGUCUGAAAAUCCAGCAUGUUUGUAAAGUAUAUAUUUGUGAAAAAAAAAGGACUUUUUCUACUGCUAUUAAAAUGUGCAUCACUAUGAUAUAAAUUCAUUUCAUUGUCAUAUUUUAAUUCUGGGUAUAAUUCUUCCCUUUACAUAUUAUUUAUUAUACAUAUAAUAGUUAAAAUUGUUUAAAAACUAUUGUACAUUUUUAUCUCCAUUUGUGUAUCUAAAAAUAAAGUGAUAGCAUAAUGUAGUGAGGUGUCAUAUUUUUAUCCUUGCUAUCUUAUUAAAUAAAUAAAUGCAAGAUUGGCAUUUGUCUCGCCCAUCUUGUAGCAAUUUGCUUUUGAAAUUUCCAUUAUUAGAAAGUGUCAUAUAAAGUAUAAACAGCAAACGGGGAAAAAAGUUUUGCUAGUCUACAUCUGUAGAUCAUAUUUGCUACACUUAAGUGAACAAUUAAUCUUCUAGCAAUAAGAGUUAAAUGUUAUGAAGUAACAAGUGUCUGGUUUUUGUAAUCUGUGUUGAUAUCCAUGCAACAUAUAGCAAUACUUGAAUCCUGUAAUUUAUAAAGAUGUACUAGUUUCAUGUACUAGUUUCUUUAGUAUAUUCUUUUUUGUUCUGCAAUUAUAAGAACUUUCUGUGACUUGAGUAAUUCUCCUUACUUUCUUGUUAUAGUCUGAAAGCAUUUUGAACGUAUAUGCAAUGCAAUGUAUAAAUACACAAUUAACUAACCCAAAUAUCAAUCAAAUUUCAUGCUUAAUAAUCAUACAAUAAAAUUCAGGUGCACAGCAUGGCCAAUCUGAUCAAGGAGAUAGAUAUACAUACAUAUCUUUGGAUUUAUUAUUUAUAUCUUUUUAGAGGUAUAUAGCAUUAUUAUAGUUCUGAGUUAUCAAUUCUUUGAGGGAGACAAAUUUGACAUUGGAGACAUAUUGAUAUUAUUUUAAUUAUGUUCAGAUAGUUUAAACAUUUAUUCAAUUCUUGUUGGAGUAUCAUUAAAAAGUAUUCUGCCAUCGAACAUUUAAACAAUAACAGUUAUCUGAAAUGUAGGACAUACUUUACAAAAGAAAAGAAACUUUGCAAACUUUAUGGGUAAGUUUUACAUUUUACAGUAAAACAUUAGGUCAUUAACAUGAUGGCAUAGAGGGGACUUUUUGUCAUUGAAUUAAGUGACUAAAGAUAAAAUCUACAACACAAGUUUAAUGGAAUACAAAUUUCAUAAAUUACCUCAUAGCGAGUUGUACAGAGUAUGGCAAAUAGAGUACAGUAUCAGCAGCAAAAUUUUGAAGUGCGUCCAAAGGACUUUAUAUCCACUCAGUUGCUUAUUCAUGCAGCUGUGGCUAUUUUGGAUUUGUAUUGCAUGAAAUGUAUGUUGUACACUUAUCUGCUGUGUCUUCUGUUCUUAAUUCAUUGCUAAUAAGCCACCUUUGAGUAUGUGAAUCCAUAUUCUAUUAUAAAAAAAAUAACUUGUUUCUGUAUGGUUCUUCAAUUCAUAAAACUUGUAAACAUUUUUUUUUUUUUUUUGAUACCCCUGUAUGAUUCCUUAACCAUCUACACGACAAAACCUUGUGUGUGUGUGUGAGAGAGAGAGAGAGAAAAAGAUGUCGCAUAUUGAAAUAUGCUUUUCUGCAAAAUGUUCAGUGGCAAUUCUCUCAUUUUUUUAAUGCAAUAACUAAAUGCAGUGUGGUAAAAUUUGUUAUGUACAAAUUUUGAUUGAAUUGCCAUUAUUAAAUCGGGAGAUGUUAAUCUUUUCUUCAUCUUCACAAUGAAAGAGUAUUUCCAUAUAAAGUAAAAUUGAAGGUGGACCUAAUAUGGCUGUAUCAAAAACAACACAGCAAAAUCAUAUUUAUCAAGAGAAAGUAGAUUAGAGAGUGACAGUUGGCUAUAGACUUGACAUUUAGUUUAAACUUAAGAACUAUCAUGAAUAAUAUGAUUGACUUUUUAUAGAUUAAUGUAUGAAGAAUAUUUACCCUACUAUAAAAAUUUAAAUUUUAUGAUUUAAAUAUACUGAAUAUGAUGUUUUGAAUGAAUUAUUUAAAUGUAACAAAUUUUCGAUGAAGGUUCCAUAAUAAAUUUAGUAAAAAUAAGUUUUUUUGGGAGAUUAACAAUUACCAGAAUGCUUCUAUGUAAAUCUUACUUGCUGAAGUACUUUAAGUGCAGCAGAAGCAUUACUGUUUCUUUGAUAAAACAGCUUAACACAUUGUUAGCCUGUUUUCAUAUCUGGCAUGGAAUCGCCGAUCAACAAUCUGCUAAUAAGUAAUGUGCGGUCUGGCAAAGUCAUGAUGAAGCCCUCAUUUGGUGGGAAAAUGCUUCAUAACGCCUUAUGUAGGUAAAGGAUGAUACGUGUAUUGAGAAAUAUGUGAAUUGCCUGCUCUGCAAUGUUAUUUCCUUCCCCAACAACCGAAAUAGGAGCUAAAAUUUUUCUGCCAGAAAUCGAAAUCGCAUGCUCAGGAUAACUCAGAAAUAUGGGGAAAUCGUUCUAAUAGUUCUCCUUACAGAAUGAUCUUAAACAUCUUUUGAUUGAUUUGGAUCUGUAUAUCAUUACUAGAAACCCGCUUUUUAUAACAUGUUAUUUAACUUGUUGACAUAACCUUUAAUAUUCUAUUACUUUAACUUGUCUCAAGCUUGUGAAGAGGAAGCUUUGUAAUGGAGUUUUCACACGCUCUUUGUUGUACCAGAAUUCUGAAAUUUUGUACAAGGGUAUGCUUCCAAAAACUAUACAAUGUUCUCAGAAUUUUAGUAUUAUGUAGUUUAUUGAUUUUAAUUGAAUUUUGAUUCCAUAUCGGUGGUGCCACAUGGAGUGAAUUUGGGAGAGAGAAAAUGAUUUUAGAAAUCUGAGAUUUGUAAAUGGUGUAUUAAGAAAUAUAUUAGAGACUAAACAGUAGAAAAUGAUAAAGUUUCUUCAAAAUACCCUUUUAUUAGUAUAUUAAAAAGUUGGGAAUAUUUUUUUUAUCAAGGGAGACAUCAAAACAAAAUCGUUAAAGUGCUAGAGGUGCUAUAAUUUAAAGAAAUUAAGUCGCAUUGAAUAUCAUGUGAAUGAAAUUUUCAAAACUCGUUUAGCACUCAAAUAUAAUAUAAAUGUACUUAAGAUAAUUGUUUCCUUUGAGUAUCUCUAUCAGCAUAUCACACGUUUGCGAUUUUGUUUUGACGUCCAUAUUGUUGAUUAAAAGAUUUUUAUUACACUAAUAAAAGUGGAUUUUUAGAGACAUAUGUUUAUUUUUAUUACUCUGUUUCAUAAAAAAAAUCAUACCAAAUGUAAAGCAAUCCUGAAAUAUGUUGAUAUUGCCUAAAAAGUGCUUUGUAAAGAAAAAGUUUUCAUUUCUAAAGACAUUUAAUAAAGGUGAAUCUUGCUUCAGUGCUAGAGCAAGAAUCAGAUUUUUUAAGGCUAUUUAGAUUUGAUACUUGGAACUCCAAUGAAUAAUUUCUUUUCGAAUGAAUUCAUUCAUUUUGUUAUAAUUUUCUGUCAAAAACAGCAUUACUCUUAAAAAUUUAAGAAUUUUUUUUCUUUUAUUUAUUCUUAGCUUGAAAAUUGAAGUCUAGUCAUACAUAAUACCGUUUUAAUUUUUACAUUUUCAUGUAGCAAAAAGAAAUAAAAAUUUGCACAAAUUUAUUUUUCUUGUAUAUGCUGAUAAUAUUCGUAUAUUUUAAAAUUAUAGAGAUUUAUGGUUUUCUCAUUAAUUAAGUGUUAUUAAUAUUAAAUUUAAACCUGCGGGAGUGGACUCCCAGUAGCUUUCAUGGUUGCUGAAUAAUGAAAGUGAUAUCCCCAUAAAAUUGUGAAACUUAAACUAAGCUGUGAAUGCCAUGCGUUCUCAGAUUUUUACUUCCAGAUUCUUGCACGUGAGAGUUUUGUCUUCAUAAUAUAGUUUUAAAAAAAUAAAUUGCAUUUUAGAA